AUGAUCCCAAACAAGAUCCCCGGUGUCUCGGACCUGGAGGGCUCACGGCCCCAGACUGCCUUCCUGGUAGUUCCACCUCUGCGGGAGGAGGCGGACAGGAAGGGGCAGCGCCCCAGGGGAGCUCAAGACCAGCUCUGGCGAGGCCCACUCAGUGAGGCGCUCCGGAACCGCGUCCCCGCCCCACAGCCCGCGCUCCCUCUUCUCCAUCCCUGCCGCCACCUGCGGGGAUCCCAGCGGGUACUGCGGGGGCGCGCGGGGCGGGGCCACCAAGCGGUUAUAGCUGGACCCGCCGGGACCACUGCUCACUUCCAGCCUCCCGCGCUCCGGCUCCCCGACGCCCCAAUUCCCAAUUUCGGGGCGCGCCCAGACCCAGCCGAGCCGGUUCCUGGCCCGCCCUGCCGGGCGGCCGUCGACGCGAGCGCCCUGGCGCAGGGCCCGGGGGUGCGGGGGGCUCCUGCGAGCCGGCGGCUGCUGGCGCUGCUGCUGCUCCCGCUCUUGCUGCCGCCGGCUGGCGCCUGGUACAAGCACGUGGCGAGUCCCCGCUACCACACGGUGGGCCGCGCCGCCGGCCUGCUCAUGGGGCUGCGCCGCUCGCCCUACCUAUGGCGCCGCGCGCUGCCCGCGGCCGCUGGGCCCCUCGCCGGGGACGACCUCUCCCCGGGGCCCGCCGCCCGCGAUGCUCUCCUCCUGUAUCCCUCCGGGCCUCAGGAGCCGUGGGACGCGCGACGCGGGAGCUCCCCGGCUGGGCUCCCCGUCCGUGCGCCCCGGAGCCCGCGCACCCUGGAACCGGAGCCGCGGUUGGGCCCCCACUCCGGGACCUUCGCAGAGCGGGCCAGAGCCUUCGGAGACGCGUCUCCCGCCCAGCCAUGGCCCCGCCUGGCCGCAGGGUCGCCCUGAGAGCUUCCCCUACCCGCCGCGCCCCCGCGCCUGACCCCGGAGGAGUAGCUGCGGCUUCCCGGGCGCGCAGCUCCCUCCGGCCAGGACGGCCGUCUGGUCAAUAAAACCCGCCUGAUUCCUGCGC